CGGGACAAAAGUUGCAACUUGGACUGUUGCUCGGUGACAGUUUUGCGCGCUUCCUUUUGUAUAUGGGUGUGUGUGUAUACAUGAAUGUGUUUAAAGCUCAAACACCUUUGUCAAACGGAAUAUAAUUUAGCUGCAGAGUGAUGCAGUCAUGUCCACUAACGGUACCGACACCGUUUUAGCCAGGCUAUCGUUCACAUUCUGUAUUUAUUGAGGUAUGAAGAGCAGAAAACACAGGGCGGUCAAAGCUGCAAGCAGCAAAAGGAAAGUCCCCAGUGAUGUGUCCCCCUCCACAAGCCUCCCUCCUCUGGUGGAGGGUCAGCUGAGAUGCUUCCUACGUGUAACGAUAAGCCGGGUGUUAUGGACUGUCCACAAACCUCCAUCUGGAACAUUCACCAGGCUGCGCUGGUGGGGGGAGUCAUCUGACGGGACACACUUCUUUCCAAGAGAUGGAUUGCAACUCUCACAGAAGGCUAUUAAGACCACAGCUCGCUUCCCCAUCCGCUGCGGGCCAAAGCAGUUCACCUCAUAUCUUACAGAUAUGGGCUGUUUGGUGCUGGAAGUUUUGACGAAACCAGAUCAUUUGCCGAUUGCACGGGCUCAGGUUGCUGGGAUCUCCUGUCUCUCUCUGUCACACCCAAUUAGUGGAUUUUACACCCUUGUAUCUCCAACAUCUGAAAAGCUGGGAGAGCUACAGGUGUCCCUCAAUUUGGAGCCUCUGACUGAAGCUUAUGACAGUAGCAGCUCAGGUCCCACCACAGAUAUCGCUGUUGAAAGACCAAAAGUCGUCACACCGACUGUGCUCUCGCAGCCCAGAUCUCUCUCCGAUGGCAGUGGGAAAGAAUCAGUUGGGAGCAGCAGCAAAAACACACCAAGAGGGAAAGACCACUUGUAUUUCCAAAAUGCCCAGAGAGACGACACUGAAAAGUCACUUGAGAAUCAGACACUGAUAACAAACAGAUCUCAGAACAGUAAAACGGCUGUGAUUCCUUCAAAUCAAGAGCCUCAUGGACAAACAAAUAAUGAUAUCCUGUCAGUUCUUCUUGAGCGUGGAAACAAGCUUAGAAAUGCUAUGGUGGUAUCAGCUUUGAAAUGUGACAUGGACUCUGGCCCAGCUCUGAAAGAUAUGCCUCUCCUUAUCCCAAAGGACAAUAGCCCACAACUUUCCAAACCCAGUCCUUCUCCCUCCGGGAUGUUUCUUCAAAAUAUUCUUCAUGCUGAUUCAAGUCUUAAGCACUCUGAUCCUGUUGCUGUAGUCUCAGACAGCGGCUUAGACUGUCCUGCUGACAUGGACACUAGAGCUGUGGAUCUGCUUCUUGGCAGCUUAACCAUGUCUCCUCUGCCUCUCUGGGAUGGAGAAGGCUCCUCUCCUGAAUCUCUCUCUGGCCACAGCAGUGUGAGUGGGGAUAGUGAGUUGAAUGAUCCACAGUACGAUCAGAGCCUACUGGAAAAUUUGUUCUACAAAACUCCUAUGUCAGAUACCAGACCUGAUGAUACUGAAGGUCAAGGAGCAGUGUCGCCAAGAAAAACUCAGCAAAAACAUCUGACACAGUCUGGGCCCAAGAUUAAUGGAAGUCCAACUUCAGAGCAUCAGGGGUCCACAGAUGCUGGUGGUAAUCUUCCUGGCCUGAGCACGGAGCAGCUUACUUUACUUGGUUUAAUCCGAAUGGCGAGAGUGUCCAUCGAUUCCCUGACUGUACCUACAGGCAGCAUGAACACCACACCCAGAAAGGCCUCUAGUAAAGGAAAACCUCCUCGACCACAAAUUGGCAAAAAAUGCACAUAUUUUGUUGAGUAUGUGUUCCCAGUGCGACAUGGUUAUAGUAAGGCUGGAGAUGGGGAUGUGACCAGAGCUGUUUGCAGUAAAGUCACUGGAGGAGUGCUGAAGUUCCAUCACCAGUCUGUUUUUCCAAUCCACUUCAAUACUGCAACAGUUAAACAAUGGUGGGGAAUUGACCUGAUUUUUAAGAUUUACUCACGAAAGAGCAAUCAAAAGAAGUCUGUUCCUGUCGGUAAGGCAGUUCACGCUCUGCGGUGUCUGCUGCAGAGCAAACAGCUGAGUCAGUCUGUUGUUUUACCUGUACAGAGCUUGGAAGGAAACAGUGACACAGAGGGAAUUGGACCUCUCAGGGUGUCACUUGAACUAAUAGCUGAAAGCAAAGACUGUGAAAGAAGCAAAAGCAAGCUGGAUUUGAGAGACAGACUGCAUUCACAAAGUACACCCAGUCCACAGCGAGAGACCAGCUCCAGAUCUCACCAUGUUGAUACUGGCAGGCAGGAGUUACCAGCUCAUUCUUUAGAAUACUCCAGACUGAACAUUUGGAGUCCUCAGAAACCCUUGAAAGAGCCCUCUCCUCAUCCCACCCUCCACACAUCUAUUCAUAAAUCAAUGCCGCAGGUUGAUGAGGACCCUGAAAUCCUGCUACAAACAAUACUCAUGGUGCCAGAUGGAAAGAAUUUCAGCUGUGGGCCCCUGCAGUCUCCAAAUGUGUACUUGAACUGUAAACUCUUUUGGUGUGAUGAGACAGCGAGAUCUGUUGUCAGCUGGGGUCAGCCAAACCCUACAUUCAACUUUGUUCAGGUGACUCCUGUGGCCUUAACAACUAAGUUGUUGGAGCGGAUGAAGAAUAAUGUGAUGGUAAUCGAGGUGUGGCAGAAAAUGGGAAGUUCAAGGCAAGAUCAACUCCUGGGCCUUGUUAAAUUACCUCUUCACCAGUUCUACAUGUCAUUUAGGGAUCCAAAGAUCGCCCGCCUUCUUCUCCAGGCGCAGUACCCUGUUUUAGGGGUUGACGGGUACAUGCCAGUCACUGAUGUUUUCUCAGGAAGUUGUAAAGGAAACCUCAGGGUUGUUUUGGCUAUGGGCCGAUCAGAGCAGAUAGUUUCCCUUCAGAGCACGAGGGAUAAUGAAUAUGAUCCUUCAUCUCAUCUCCUGAGGCCAGUUCAUCUGCUUGAUCACCAGCCACAUUCACACACAAAGGUGGUUGCAGCACAUGAGGAAGCUAUGAGAGAGCACCUGUUUGUGAUCAGAGUGGAGAAGGUCAAUGGGCUGACACCUUUGCAGUCCACAGUGUGGGGUGAGGCUGACUGUUACAUCCAGUACAGCUUCCCCUGUCAGGAGAGUGACCCUGCUGCGAAAGUGGACCAGAACCUCAUAGAGUAUAGUGUGAACCUGAAGCUGUUUCGUACCACUACCACCCUCUGUGUGCCUGACCCUGUGUUUGGCCACACUGAGACUCAUGUGCUUCUGGCUCCUGAAGGGGUGCCUGUCCAGAGGCUGCUCCUCAGCUCUCUUUCAAGUCAAGGCCUGAGCAGUGGAGGGGGUGUCCAGUUUGAAGUGUGGUGCAGAUAUUAUUAUCCAAAUGUCAGAGAUCAACUUGUGGCCAAAGGACUGCUUCCACUGUCCAAGCUGUGCGCCAUGGUCACCAUGCAGAGACAACAUCCUAAUGAGGCCCAAAUGUUCUCUCUACCCCUGAUUCCCAGGACAGACAGUCCCACAGGACAUCCGCCUCAGCCCUCAGGCCUGCUAGAUGUGUGUGUUCGGUACAAGCACAGGCCUGUGAGACCAGAAGGACAGAGCAGCAGAGGAGUUGCCUCUCGUAUUGUGACACUCAUUGUUCAAGUGCACAGAGCAUCAGGUUUGCAGGCAGCAGCAAGGUUGUUAUCAGAACAAGAUGAAAGGUUUAGCUACUUUGCCAGUGUUGGAGUGAACACUUACGUCACAGUCCAGCUCUCCUUCUUGCCCAAGAAUGAGAAGAGAUGCACUCGCAUAGUAGCCAUGACCUUCUGCCCUGAGUUCAACCACCACAUGGAAGUGUCAUGUGACCUGCUGGUUCAGAGGAGCAGUGGCGAGACCUGCAGCCUGGCCGAGCAGCUGCAAGACGCUUUUGCUGUCUUUACUGUGUGGAACAGCGAUAAUCGCAAAGCAGUGGAUAUUUCCAGGCCUAAAGAUGUGAUGUUGGGCACAGUAAAAAUACCACUAGCUGAUCUCAUCCAUAAAAGAACAGGAAUAUCUGGCUGGUUUGGAGUGUAUAUACCUCAGGAAACAAGUUCUGCUCAGCACCAGCACAUCUUGGUCGGGGGCCUCGAGAUCUCUGUCAACUUUGCCCACCACUCAGACAGAGAAAGGGUUAUUAAAGCUGCUCAGGGUUUGGGCUGGGAACUGGCCCAGAGUGACCUGGUCAUGCAGGAUGACGAAGAAGCCUGGGAAGAAAGCACUAGAAAACUUUAUCUAACUUUUUCAAUGCCUAGAGUAUGGAUACCUGUCCACUGUUUGCUUCUGCCUGGCCACAGUGAGCUUCGGCGCUCCACCUACUGCUACAUCCGGUACAAGUUCUUUGACCAAGAUGCCUUCUGCUCUCACUUGAAACACCCCUGUGAAGAAGAAGGUGUAGAGAAAGGUCAGGCCACGGUGAGUUUUGAAGGGAGUAGAACCGUGGAGCUAAGGAGCACUCAGCCCUUAAUGUGGUAUCUACGGGAGGAGCAGCUGGAGGUGCAGGUGUGGGUUGCAUUUGCAAAGCACAAAACCAGAAGACCCAGUGACACAGAUCGACUGGUGGGCUCAGCCUUUGUUGACCUCUACUCUCUUGCAAAGACACCCAAGCAGAAGCUGACUCUCAGUGGAGUGUAUCCUCUGUUCAGACGCUCUGCAGCAGAUCUACAAGGGGCAGCUCUCAGGGUGCAUGUCACCCUGACAGCAAGUUCUGACUCCAGGGAAGCAUGUAGUGUACUUGACACCCAAAUGGACUCUGACAGCCAGGGGGAGCUCUUAUCAGAAGAGGAGGAAACAGCAGCUUGUUUGCCUUUGCCCACUACACCCAAACAAUCACAUACACAAAGCAGACAUGUGAAUACAUUCUCCAGAACCGCUCAAGACAUCACAUCUGUGCAGCACACUGAAAUGACCAUGGAUGAAUCUUUCCCCGUGACAGUUGCAGUGGAACGGGCUAUGCAUUUGAAUCUGAAAGGUUGUCCUCUGGCAGAGCGAAGUGAGGGGUCACAACCAGUUUCCACAGCUGUCAUAGCCAAUACUGACUGCCCAGUGUGGGACCAUCACCAUGAGUGCAGGCUUUCAAAGGAGCUGCUGGUUGAUCCACAACAAUCUCUCGUGUUCAAAGUCUGGCACAAAGGAGAAGUAGAGAGGGUGCUUGGAUUUUCCUCUGUAGACCUGUCCCCUUUACUCUGUGGGUUCCCUUCAAUAUGUGGUUGGUACAACAUCACAGACUUCAGUGGUCAGUGUCACGGCCAGCUCAAAGUAUCCAUCACUCCGCUAAAAGGGGUCCAAGACCUUCGAGGACAGAGAAAAACUGUGAAUGAAGAAGUUGUCAAAAGCUCAUCGGCCCUUUCACUUAGCUACCAUACCACAGCCACCUACAGCAGCUUCCCCUCUCACAUCAGUCGCUACCCUGAGCAGAAGAUCUUGUCACCUGACCAAACUGACAGGCUGUUCUCUGAAAGGUCCAAUGAGAGUGACCGCCAUUUUGAGCACAUGGACAAAAUCCGUCUUUACCACCAGAGUCUGCAGGAACAAACAGCCACCCAGUCUGCCUGUUGCAGCUGUGCUGGUGACAUCAAUCCCUCCAGCUCAUUCCUAUUCUCAGCACUCAGGAGGAAACUAAGCGAGCUCGACAACAUCCAGAGAUACUUCAGUCGUAAACUCUUCACUCCCAUGUUCCCACCUAUGACAGAGCAGGAUUGUCACACCAACCACGAGGAGCAGAAGCCGUCAGAAAUGGACACAAGUCACCUUCUUCUCAAAUCCAGCCAGUUAGUAGGAGGAGUCAACAGUAUCAUUAGUGGCCUACGAGAACACCAAUUGGAAACAAUUACGUCUGACCCCCAGAGCAGAUCAACAACACCUUCUGCUGAAGACUACAACCCUCAAACUAUCCCUCAGAGUAUCACCAUUCCAGGCAGAGCUUCAGAUUUUUCCAAAAAUGAUUUGUCUCCUCUGCCCUCUCCGCUUCCAAAGAUGUCAGACAGCCAUAGAGAGUAUGAGCCUGAGUCUGAAAAGGACAAACAAAACUACAAGGUUACUGUGUCUGAGGAUGAAAAUGAAGGAGAAAAUGAAGAUGGGUCAGGUUGCAGACAGGAUGAGGAAGAUGAUGAUGAUGAAGAGGAAGAUGCUGAUUAUGAGGAGGUUGUAGUGAAGCCGCGGCAUCUGAAUGAGGUGACUUCUUUAACAGACCAAACUAGUCCUUGGACCAGUGUCCUGUCAGACCCUGACCUGGUUUCUUUGGAGAGCCUGGAGGCGUCAGAAGAGCAGGACUUCAGCCAAGACGAAGACGAGCAGAGGCAGGUGGUAAAUCUGGAAACUGGUGACUCUAGUGGGAAACACAAAUGUGCUAGACAAGAGGAAAGGGAGAGUUUUAUCGGAUCACCAGGAGAUGCUUCACACACAGAAAGUGAUGAUGAAAGGACACUGCAAGCUUUAGAUGAGAGACAAGCAAAGGAAUCCAGCAGCUCCAACAAGGGGUCAAGCGACGCAGGUCCAUCUCCCACCAUGCAGUGUGUUACAGACACCCAUGAUGCUUCUUGUUCUCAGGACAACCAAAAUUCACAGUUCCAACCAUUAAGCUCAGUUCCUGUGGAGGUCCCCAAUUUCUUCCUUCCCUCUCAGCAACUGGAGGCAUCUAUGAGAGCCAUACGUUUAGCUCCUUCUUUCUCCAAGUUAUUCAAUGAUCAGGUGCAGAGCUCUCAAACUCAGAGCUUUCCUCAUUGCAGAGGUGUUCGACAACGUCCCAACAUGUCACCAUCAUCUAUGAAGAGAGAGACUGACAGAAUAGCCAAAAUAUUUGCAGCUCACUUUGAUGACAGUCAUUAGUAUGUAGUGGUUUUGUUUAAGUAUUUAUGAUCAUAUUUUUACUGCCCAGUGGUUUCAAACAAUGAAAGGAUCAUGUAAAUUUAAUGUAACAUUUUCUAUAUUUAUAAAUAAAUUUUUACUAUUUU